GACUGGCAAAAUUAACUGACUUAAAUAAAAACUCAAGAUGAAUCUGUCUGUGUCAACCAUCUUCCUGAUCACAGUAGGUUGGUGUGAAGCAGUGACAAUGACUGGCUAUCUCGGAGGAAGGGCAAACAUUUACUGUCGCUACCCAUCGCAUACUAGCAGAGACUACAAAAGCAUCUACAAGCAAACAACUGUUGAUCGAUCUGAUUGUGUGGCUUCAACAGAUCCAGGGAUCGUUAAUCAGGAUAGAUUCUCCAUUAAUGAUGACACACUGCGCAGAGUUGCAACUGUUACCAUCAGUAGUGUGUCUGUCGGUGACAGUGGAGAGUACCAGUGUCAGGGUUAUACUUUAAAUGGGGUGCCCGUCAUCUUUGAAAGAGUGAAGUUUUGGGCCAUACCACUCACUGGCUACAUAGGAGGUGAAGUACAGAUGAAAUGUCCAUAUGAAAGCAAAUUUGAGAAAAAUACAAAGUACCUCCAAAAACUCGGCUCCCCCAUCAGUCUGGUUCAAACUGAAGAUGGCCAAAUCAGGGCUGACAAUGGAAGGUUUUCCCUCUACGAUGACACCGAGGGAAGAGAGCUUAUGGUGAACGUCAGAGGACUACAGGCAGAGGAUUCUGGGAAAUAUCGCUGUGGAAUAAAGGAUUUUUCUCAUCGUGAAUGGCCACUGGCAGUUAAAAAUGUGAUCAGUGUAAGCGGCUUUGAGGGGCACACCAUUGACAUUUCCUGCAAGUAUCAGAACAUGAGUGGGGCAUAUCGUAAACAUUUCUGCCAAGGAACAGAUCCAAAGAAGUGUUUAGAGGAAGGACUUUUGACUCAGGACAGAGUCUGCUUGCGGGACAAUGCUGCCGACCAAGUCUUCACUGUGGCCAUGUCUAACUUCAAAGCCGAGGAUGCUGGGAUAUACUGGUGUGUGGCGAUUGAUGACAUCAGUCAAGUACUGGAGUUCACUUCAGCUGUUCAGUUAACUGUCAAGAACGUCCUUUGGUGCUGA